CAGCGCGGUAUCAACAACAAGAAAAUGAAGUUUGUGGAUAUCGAUAUCGAGGAGGUGCUCAAGGGGCGGGAUACGGAUUUUGUGGGGAUUGCGGAUCGGAUUGAUGAGGAGGUGGGGGUGAAGUUGAGGAAGGCAGAUAGGGAUAUGAGGAUUAGUCCGGGCUAUGAGACGGAGAGUGAGGACGAGGAGGAUGAGGAGGACGAUGAGAGGGAGGGUUCACCGACAGAAAGAACGAAGAAGGUACAGCCGAAGAAAGCUGCUACGAAAAAGGCGCCGGCGAAGAAGGCAACGAAGGCAAAGCGUGUUUCGGAUGGCGACGAUAGUGACGAGCACGUGAAUGAGGCGUCUGACCACGAACCGGAAGAACCGCUGUCGUCGGAGUCAGAGGAAUCAGAGGAGGUUAUCACCAGUGACGAAGAGGUUGCACAACGACGGAGUAGGAAGAGGAAGAGGGGAACGGGCACGCCUCGAAAACCCAGAACAUCCAGCGCACGACCAGGGCCCGAAAGCCCCACAAAGACACGUACACCCACAAACAGAAGAAUCCUCAAACCCCUCGAAAUCACCCCUCUCCCAAUGCGCACGCUCUCUCCCUCCCAAUACCUCUCCUCCCCCUACCAACUUGCCCGCGCCCGCCUCCACGUCUCCGCCGUACCAACCUCCCUCCCCUGCCGCGAAGGCGAAUUCGAAUCCAUCUACACCCACCUCCACACCUCCAUUCUCGAAGGCCACGGCUCGUGUCUCUACAUCUCCGGCACGCCCGGAACCGGGAAAACUGCGACUGUCAGGGAAGUUGUGAGGAGUUUGAGGGAGAGUGUGGAGGAGGGAGAUUUGGAUGAUUUUAUCUUUGUAGAGAUCAAUGGGAUGAAGGUCACCGAGGCGAAUCAGGCUUAUGCGAUGUUGUGGGAGGUGUUGAGCGGGGAGAGAGUUACGCCGAGUCAUGCGUUGAGUUUGCUCGAAGCUGAGUUUUCUGGGCCAAGUCCGAGGCGGAUGCCAUGUGUCGUGUUGAUGGACGAAUUGGAUCAGUUAGUGACGAAAAAACAAACAGUCAUGUACAACUUCUUCAACUGGCCCUCCCUCCGGCACUCCCGCCUCAUCGUCGCUGCCGUCGCAAACACGAUGGAUCUCCCCGAACGGAUGCUCUCCAACAAAAUCUCCUCGCGGCUCGGGCUAACCCGUAUCACCUUUCCCGGAUACACGCAUAGUCAACUUGAGACCAUUAUUCAAAGCAGGUUGGAGGGGGUCCCGGGUGAUAUUGUUAGUAAGGAUGCGAUUGGGUUUGCGAGUCGGAAGGUUGCGGGGGUUAGUGGUGAUGCGAGACGGGCGCUGGAUAUUUGUCGGAGGGCCGUGGAGCUGGCGGAGGCGUCGACGGAUGAUUCAGCAACACAAUUGAGAGAGCCGAAACUGCAGACUGGACGUGUGACGAUCAAGGUCAUCCAGCAGGCAAUUGCGGAGAUGACCUCAUCCCCUAUCCAAGCCUACCUCCGGUCUCUUCCUCUGGCAUGCAAGGUCUUCCUCGCUGCGUUGAUGGCACGAACCCGGCGCUCCGGAAUCGCUGAAAACUCAACCGGCGACGUUUUAGACGAAGCUGGACGGAUGUGCAAAGUCUCCGAUAAUCAAGACGUGCAGCAACUCCUGCUCACCGAAGGCAAAGGCCGCGUGCGUGGGAUUUUGAAGGCUGCGGCGGAUUUGGCGGAUGCGGGGGUUGUUGUUUUGGAGGCGAAGGGUGGGGAUAGAGGGGGAAGGGUACGAUUGAAGAUUGGGGAGGAGGAGGUGAAGAUGGCGUUUGCGGAGGAUAGGGACGUUAUUGGGAUGGCAUGAAGGACA